AUGGACAUAAUUGCAGGAAUCCUUCUUAUACAGAUCGCGGCCUCUAUAAAUCAGUGUUUAUCAUUUGCUCAACUUCGGUAUGAUGAUUCGAGUGAGAUCUUCAAAGAUGGAUCUAAUAGGGAUGAUAGUAUUGAAAACAAACUUGAGGAUACUAAGAAGGCUCUUUCGGAGGCUCGCAAAAGGCAAGAAGAAAUUGAAGAAAAGAGAAAUUUGCUACUUCAAGAGUUGGAGGAAUCAGAAGCUAUAUUGCAGAAACAUGCUGAGGCUUUCAGGCAAGACAAAGAACAUGCUGUAUCAAAACAGGAAGCAGUAACAUCGCAGUUAGGUCAGAAUCUCCAAGAAUCAAUAGAAGAGAAGGUUAAGUUGGAAUCCAAAUUUGUUCUUGCAAAGAAAGAUGCUUUUGAACUUGCAUUGCAGGUUGAAAAGCUAUCAGAGAUUGCAUUCCAGCAGGCCACUUCUUACGUACUAGAAGAUGCAAAACUGAGGCUUUCUGCUGCCGAAGCUCGUGCUGCUGAAGCAGCCUACAAUGCUGAAAAACAUAUCAGAAACGCUGCUGAAGGUGCCAUAGGGUCUAUUUUAGAAAGGUCAAAAGAAGCUAUAGAGAAGGCAUUGACUAUUGCGGGAAAGGACAGUGAUCAUGCUACAACAAAUGUGGAUGUAUUUGCUGAUGGUAUAAAUACAGAUGAUGAGAUUGAUUCUACCAAGAAUAUUGAGUUGCAAAAUUCUGUGAAUAAGUUGAGAUCUCAGUUACUUCUCUCAGAAAAUGAUAUCAGUAAGUUAAAGAUGCAAAUAGAGAAAUCCCAUGCACAAGCCAGUGCACAUCAACUCCGAUCAAAUGAAGCGAAGAAAUCAUUUCUUGAACUCCAGGAGUCUAGUAUGAAUAGGGUUCAUCAGAACGAGGAAGAAAUUAAGCUAUUGAUGGAUAAAUUGGAGAAGGAAGCAGCAGAUAGAAAACAAUCUGCUUAUGAGGCCUUUAAGGUAGAAUUAGAAUCUGUCAGGGCUGCUGUCUUAGUUGCUAAAAAAACUGUCCACUCCAAAGAUGAUAUCUAUGUGAGAAGAUGUGAAACUCUCCAGAGAUCAUUGAAAGCAUCUGAAACCACUUCUAAGAAGUGGAAAGAGAGAGCAGAAACCGCAGAAUCAUUCUUGUUGACGACAAGCCCUCCUACUAAAGAGGAUCAAGAUACAUUUUUUAUUGCGAAUGGUGGACGACUUGAGCUCCUAAUGAAUGAUGAUUCCCUGCAAUGGAAAUUGCUGAGUGAUGGUCCUCGAAGAAAAAUACCCGUUUGGAUUUCGCAAAGAAUUGAUUCAUUUUGUCCUAAAUUUCCACCGCGUAAGCUUGUCUUGUCUGAAUCCCUGUCAUUUUCAAAAUACAAGACCUUGGAACUGCCCAAGCCUGAUGAAAUAUGGUCAAUUUCUCAUGAAAAGCCAAAGGAAGGUGAUGUACUUGUUGAGCAUGUAAUUGAAAAGGAUAUUAUAGAUGAUAAGAGAAGUCUAUUAGACCGAAUUCUUCAGAGAAAAACUACUCAAUGGCAGAAAACACCAGAACUAAAAAAAUUAGAACCUGGAACUGGUACAGGACACGAGAUUGUGUUUCAAGCCUUCAAUUGGGAAAGCUGGAGAAGACAGUGGUAUGUGGAUCUGGCACCUAAAGCAGCAGAUUUGUCUCAAUGUGGUGUCACAUCUGUGUGGUUUCCACCACCAACAGAAUCAGUUGCUCCACAAGGUUAUAUGCCUUCAGAUCUCUACAACUUGAAUUCCGCCUACGGCACCGAGGAAGAACUCAAGCAUUGUAUAGAGGAGAUGCAUAAUCACGGCUUGGUGGCCUUGGGAGAUGUCGUUUUGAAUCAUAGAUGUGCGCAUAAGCAGAGUCCAAAUGGUGUUUGGAAUAUCUUCGGUGGCAAACUUGCAUGGGGUCCUGAAGCAAUUGUUUGUGAUGAUCCAAACUUUCAGGGUCGUGGAAAUCCUUCAAGUGGUGACAUAUUCCAUGCAGCACCAAAUGUUGAUCACUCCCAAGGUUUUGUAAGAAAUGAUAUCAAAGAGUGGCUACAAUGGUUACGGGAUGAGAUUGGUUUUGACGGGUGGCGCCUAGAUUUUGCAAGGGGUUUCUCUGGUGGAUAUGUGAAAGAAUAUAUAGAAUCUUCAAAUCCUGCAUUUUCAAUUGGAGAAUACUGGGAUAGUUUGGCUUAUGAGGGUGGAAAUUUAUGCUACAAUCAAGAUGCUCAUAGGCAACGGAUAAUCAAUUGGAUAAAUGCUACAGGGGGUACAUCAUCAGCAUUUGAUGUUACAACAAAGGGAAUACUACAUCAUGCCCUUCACAAUGAGUUUUGGAGAUUAAUUGAUCCUCAGGGAAAGCCAACUGGAGUAAUGGGAUGGUGGCCCUCACGUGCUGUCACAUUCUUGGAAAACCAUGAUACUGGUUCUACACAGGGUCACUGGCCAUUUCCAAGAGAAAAGCUUCCUCAGGGAUAUGCAUACAUUCUAACCCACCCUGGAACGCCAACACUAUUUUAUGACCACUAUUAUGAUUUUGGGCUGCGUGAAGUGAUUAAUGAACUAGUAGAUGUUCGUCGGCGGGCGGGAGUGAGCUGCAGAAGCUCGGUGAAGAUAUUUCAUGCGAACAAUGAGGGGUAUGUGGCGCAGGUUGGUGAUACUCUGGUGGUGAAGCUUGGAUAUAUUGAUUGGAACCCAUCCAAGGAAAUUCACCUUGAGGGAACCUGGAACAAGUUUCUUGACAAAGCUCAAGAUUACCAAAUUUGGUUUAGAGAGGACGUUCUACUCAAUUGAAUCCAUUCAUCCAUCCACUCCCCCCACAACCACUAAUCAACCAUCCAUC